AUGGCGAUGAUCGCGCUGGCCGUCGCCCUCACUAACCACUAUCACCCAUUCGUGGUGGCUACUCGCAACUCGACGGCGUUCACGGAUUCCUUGACCGUGUUCAACACGUUUCUCGGUCUCAUCAUCUCGUUCCGGUUGAACUCGGCCUUCACGCAAUGGCGCGCGGGUAUGGUGGCCAUGGGGGCGCUGUCCGAGGCGGCGAGAGAGAUCGUGAGCUCUGGAUGCGCAUACGUGAGCACGACCAUCAAGGAGGAGCUCAAGGAGCGCGACGUGGGGGACACCAACGACGAAGCCAUUGCUGACGCAGCCAAGCGCGCAGGACGGACGUUGGAGGAGGAGAUUGAGCUGGGCAAGAAGCGCAAGCACAUGGGAGGGGUGAAGCACCACAAGAAGCAGCCGAUUCCGCGUGACGUCCUUGAGAAGUGCACCUUCUUCACGGAGCUCCGGCGUCUGGUGUUCCUGUACAUCGCCAUCGUCUUCCACGAUUGUCGCGGUCGUGACGGUAUCGACAAACUCAAGGACUCGGGUGUGUUGACUGAUGCGGAGUACGACGAGCUGUACGCGUGUGGCUCGGAGCACAAGAAGCAGGUGAAGGACAAGGAAUCGUACCGUGCUCUGGUGCGUCGUACGCCUCACAAGCUGCGCGCCACCAUCACCGAGCUCUGGCUGAAGCGGUUGGUGCAGGUUGCAACUCGCCGUGGUCACCUCACGCUGCCUAACGCGAACAACCUGCAGAUCAAGAUCGCCCAGCUGCCGAACCUGUACACGACCGUCUUCAACAUCGCCAACGUUCCCAUCCCGUUCAACUACAUGCAGUACCUGCAGUUCCUGCUGACCGCUUACAUGCUGCUCUACACGUUCGUUAUCGUGCCGAACUCGGGACUGUAUACGCCGAUUUGGGUGUUCCUGUGGGGCACAUUCCUCUUCAUGGCUGAUGAAGUCGCUAUGGAGAUUGAAUGUCCCUUUGGCCUGGACGCGAACGAUAUCGAUCUUGAGGCGAGGCUGCUACAGAUUGAAGAGGAGCUCACGGUGCUGAUCCGCAGUCAGUAUUACUUUGUUACUGGCGGUGCGAGCCUCUCUCACAUUCCCGAGAACUCGGAAGACGGAUCUUGGCGUCAAGUGCCGUACGCCAAGCUGCAAUCAAAGCCGAUGAUCACAGAGGCUUUCUCGUUCCACCAAGGGCGACUAUCGCCCUCGAACAUGGCGAUGGUGCAGCAAGACUCGCUACCCGAGAUCAACGAGUUCACGACUCUGAUCCAAGAUCCAACCAAGAUCAAGGACGAGAAGGAAGGCAGCGCGUACGGCUCGACUGAUGGGGUGGCGUAG